GCAUCCUCCACUGAAAGAGGAAGUUUUCUGUCACCGGCUGAGUGCGUUCACAUGCUGCUCGUGCAGAGCUCAGGCAACGCUUGAGCGGGGAACACCUCCAAGCUGUGAUGGAUGUUUACCAGGAGGCAGUGGAUUAUCUGGAGUCACAGCAGGUGCCAGCCAUAUUAGAAGUAGAGCCCGAUGUCUUGGAGGAGGACGUGUUCCAGGAUGAGGUGGUGUCCAGUUUUCUGUCUCCUCUCCAAACAGAAAGUAUCGACUUCCCCGAUACCCCAACGUCGUGCAGCGUGGAGGACAUGUUGGACAGGAGGCUGCUGGUCCUUAAAGGCAUCCUGGAGAGUGAGGAGCUGUACCUCAGGGAGCUGGAGACCCUGCUAAUGCCCAUGAAGGCUUUGCGGGCCUCGGCUGGGACGUCCCAGCCUGUUCUGUCCAGCCAACAGGUCCAGACCGUUUUCUACCAGGUGCCCGAGCUCAGAGACAUGCAUCAAACCUUCUAUUCUGGCCUGAAGGCACGACUGGACACUCACAGCGAGACAGAGACCUGCUUGGGAGAGAACCAAGAGCCGAGUCACCCUGGCUUUGAACUGGCUGUGGGAGACUUGUUCCUGAAAAUGGUGAAUCAGAUUGGUUUGUACGGCGGUUUCAUUGAAAAUUAUCAAAAAGCUGUUCAAGUUGUUCGCAAGUGCACCCAGACCGACCCUCGCUUCCGAACUCUGGCUGAGAGCAUGACGUCGAACAACGGCUCAGCUCGGACCAAAUACACAUUUGAAGCUCUGCUGUACAAGCCUUUGGACAGAGUGACCAGGACCACACUAGUCCUGCGAGACCUCCUGAAGACGACCCCGGAGGAGCACAAAGAUCUCCCAGCUUUACAGGAAGCGCUGCGUUUAUCCCGCAGUUUCCUCUCCGGCGUAAACGAGAGUUCACAGUGCAAACGGGAGGUCACGCUGAGUCACGGCAUGAGACGUCAGCUGAUACGCGACGGCUUCGUGGUGGAUGUGAACGAGGGGGAGGGCAGCCUGCGUCACCUCUUCCUCUACACCGACCUACUGCUGUGCACCAGAUUUAAACAUGCAACCAAGGGGAAGCAGAGUCAGUACAGGUUCUGCUGGUAUCUGCCCCUCGCUGGCCUCAAGCUACGCUUUCUCGCGGAUCAGGGACCGCCGUCCGACUCCCACCUUCGGACUUCACACGACAUCAGAUCUAAGAUGUUCCUCCUCCGGCAGCAGCUGAAGCAGCGGGCGAAGGGAUCCAAAGGUGCGGCCAUGGCAGCUCGGGCCCGGAAGAAGCUGGAGCAGCUGGAGCUGAUGCUUUUUAAGCAUUCCCCUGUGCACAGACUGGAGCUGCACAGCCCCAGUGGCAAGAGCCACUCCUUCCUCCUCUCCUCUUUGUAUGAACUUGAAGACUGGAGGGAGGCCAUUUACAAGCUCACCACUGGCAGCAUAGAAACCGUGCCCCCGGACCUGCUCACUCUCACCAGUGCAUGUGUGAAACUGAGAAUGACCCAGCAGCCGCCGCUUCACAGCUCCAACGCUGAGGACGAGCGCUCCUUGUGUGGGACCCUGAGCGUGGCCAUUCACUCAGCGGACGGCCUGCAGGCAGCAGCCUGUGUUUAUGUGUGCGUGGAAGUAGACGGCUACGAGUUUUACGACAAACAGGCCAAGACGCACUCUUCAGUCCUCAGCACCAGCCCACACUGGGACCAGGAGCUGUCUUUCCAGGUGGACGGGGCCCAGAACAUGAGGGUGCUCUGUGUGAGCCAGUCGGACCAGCAGGACGACACUGUCCUGGGGAAGGAGUCCUUACGGUUGGAUGCUAAGUCCCUGAAUAAUCGAUGGAAGAGACAGACGCUGCAUCUUGGCCAGGUGGAGGUGACUCUGUCUCUGAAGUACAGCCCUCACCCGCUGGAGCCGCCCGGCUCCACAGCUCAACGGCAACUCGUCUUCGGUGUCCCCAUUGAAACUGUGGCUCAACAGCAGGGAGUGCUGGUUCCGCAUGUGGUGCGAUGCUGCGUGGAGGAGGUGGAGAGGAGGGGGAUGGACGAGGUUGGGAUCUACAGGAUUUCAGGAACCACCAGUGAAAUCGGCAUGCUCAAAGCUGCGUUCAACAGCAACCUGCGUGAAGCAGUAACCAGGCUGAGAAGUGCGGAGGUGAACGCCGUGGCAGGAGUCCUGAAGCUCUACUUCAGAGAGCUGCCGGAACCUCUCUUUCCCACUGACAUGUUUCAGCGUCUGGCCAAGACCUUGGACGUGCCGGACUCUAACUCUCGGCUGGUCUCCAUGUUGUCCCUGCUGCAGUGCUGUCCGGACCCCAACCGCCACACCUUCCUCUACCUCAUGCACCACCUGCAACGAGUCUCUGAGAGACAGGACGUAAACAAGAUGUCUCUGCUGAACCUGGCUACAGUGUUUGGGCCGAGCCUCUUGCGCCCCCCUGUGGCCAAACUGGGGCAUGAUUUUCCUCCCAUAGACAUCUCCCAGGAGGUGGAGGUCCAGGUCCAAGUGGCUUCCUGCUACCUGCAGUGCAACAACCUUCCUGAGGCCCAGAUCGCUCUGCCACAUGACACAGAGGCUGAAGAAGAGACCACCCACAUAUGAGACCACCAUCACUGUCACUGGCAGGAAUUUAAAAUAGCGCGUGUAAUAAAAUAUCUGAGCUGAGAGAAUAAAGGUAUUUAUUGGCUGAAGACAGGAGCUUUUCAAACGCUGUUGUACAUUUUGUAAAAGUGUGUUCGUCAUUGGUGCAGUAGCUUUAUUCUGACAGAACAAGCUCAUUCUACACAUUCUGCUCAAAACCUGCAAACAUGACUAUGUUUAAUCAAAGACGCAACUAAAUGAACUGUUUUUUGUAGUUAUUUAAAGAAACCCAUAAAAGACAACAUAUUUGUAUAAGAUUUUAAUAUUAUAAUAUAUCCAUUAAAUACUGUAUAUUUUUAUUUGUACAUAAAUAAAAGUGAGAAAUCAAUCUAGAUUUAGGAGAUUGUUUGCAGCUUUCAAACUAUUAUCUGUAUCAUACUAAAAUGUAAGAAGCGUUUAUCAUUUCUUAUAAAUAAAUUUUUAUUACUUGCUGAAGAAUAAAAGCUACUUGAAGAGAA